AUGAACUUGCGACUAUUUAGGUCAAAAGAAAUCUCUACCUCUAAUUUUUGUCAGUCUUGGCAAGCUCCAAGUGCAACAGAGCUUUAUGAAGCUGGAGCUAAUUUCUUAAAACUAGGAAGUUUCGAAGAAGAUCUUAUGGAUAGAACAACUAUGUUCGAUAUCAAGUUUGAGAAUGGAGCGAUACAAAUUCCUUGUUUCAUAGUUGAAGAUUCAACGGAGGCCUUUCUGAGAAAUUUGAUAGCUUAUGAGCAACAUUCGACUAACUUAUAUCCUAAAUGUUUUUUGGAUUAUGUAGAUAUAAUGGGUCAACUUAUUAAGUCACGUAAAGAUGUGAAUUUGCUACGCCUAAAUGGAAUCAUCCUUAACGGGCUAGCAAAUGACGGAGAAGUGGCUAACAUGUUCAAUAAACUUGUAGAAGGGAUCGUGGUUGCUGCUGACAGCACCUACUACGCUGAAGCAAGCAGAAAAAUGAGUCAACAUUGCAAAAAGCCGUGGAAUCAAAUUAUGGCAAAUUUGAGGCAAAAUUAUUUUAGUAGUCCUUGGGCAGGAGCUUCAACUGUGGCAGCCGCCAUACUCCUCAUACUCACAGCUAUGCAGACUGUUCUAGCUUUCAGAGGUGGUAUUAAGUAG